AUAGCCAGCAUAAUACAGACAUACAUACGCGCGCGCGCACACAAAAUAUAUGCAUAUGUAUAUGAAUAUAUAGUUUGCUGAUCUCUGUUUUAUCGAUGUAUAAUAAAUGUUCGCGUACCAAUUACACGUGAUCGUGAGUUUGAUACUCGUAAUAGCGAUUCUAAUGCCAGAAACGGAACACGCGCAAUCGGUUGUAUUUCAGUACAGAUUAAAGCGACAGGCUGAAAACGAAGGGCGCAAAUAUUGCGGCAGUAAUCUUGCAAGCACUCUGCGAAUGAUCUGUGGUAGCGUUUACAAUUCCCGGUUCAAAAAAAAUAUUCCAGAAAUGGAAAUGGACUAUGGAUUUAAUAAAGAUAUGCAUCCUUAUAAAUCCAUCGAGAGCGCUAGAAAAAUGUUAAGAUUUCGGAGAAAUUCAUUGGGUAUCUACCAAGAGUGCUGCCUAAAAACGUGUUCAACACAAGAGCUGCGCUCCUACUGCGGUAGUCGUUGA